GCAACAGCGAACCGUACCAGCCGCAAUAAAAGUAAUUGUCCGAACUGUAUUGCGUUCGUUUAUUUCAACCGAAAUAUUCUUCACCGGAGAACUCUACAAAGGGCGCAAUCGGCAGGAUCAUGAACGGAGGAUCUGCUAACUGGCCUUUGCAGCCAUUUAAUGAUGCCAUUAAUCCGCAAGGUUUGAGAAGAGAAUGGGAGGAGUGGUUGCGCUCUUUUGAACUUCUCGUUGAGCUGAAAGGUGUGCAAACACAACAUGAGAAGUUGGUCAUGCUAUUGACAUAUGGAGGGCGAGGCUUGCAGAGAACCUAUUACAACGCAGGACCCGCACCAGAAGAAAUUCACCCAGAACCAACCCGGAUUCCUUAUCGUCCAGAGGAAGAACCUGAAUACGACAAUGCGAUUAAGAGGCUGAAUAAAUUUUUCGUGGGGAAGCAUAACGAUCGCGUUGAGUUGGAGAUUUUCCGCUCAAUGCGGCAAACCAACGAAGAAGCGUUUAAUUUGUUUUUACUACGUUUGCGAGAACAAGCAGUGCGAUGCGACUUCGGAGAACGAAUUGAAAAAGACAUUAUGCAGCAGGUUACCAUGGGUGCUCGCGAUGAGAGAGUUCGUGACAAAGGAAUGGAAAACGUCAUGACUCUAGACGAAAUAACCAAUUAUGCUGUCAAUCGCGAAAUCCUUUACAAGCAAAAAGAAAAGGCCAAAUUUGUUGCUGAUGAGUCUCUGGUUGCCACGGUUCAACGUGGCAAUUUUCGUCGAGCUCCGUAUCGGACCAACCGUUGGAAACAACCACAAUCGAAUCACCGGACAAGAUUUCUGAAUACUCAGUCUCGUCCGAUGGUUAGGCGUAAUGAAUGCUACAACUGUGGAGCCGAAGAUCACUAUUGGCAGUCACCAUCGUGCCCAGGUCGACGUAUUAAGUGCAAUAGAUGCAACGUGACAGGGCAUUACGGAAGAAAAUGUCCAGGAAGACAGCAGAAUUGGCCUACUCGUAACGUCUGGAAGCGUCCGGAAGGUGAAACGAAUAAUCUUGGAGAAGCUCCGUGGAAGGAAGAACUGCCUCGUCGUCCAACUGCAAGUGACGUGUCUGAGGGACACUCAUACCAUCUUUUAAGAGAAUCUGAUGGAAUAAUAACUUGUAAAAUCGACACUUUUCCAGUUCAAUUUUUAAUUGAUUCUGGGUCUUCGAUCAACUCUGUUACAUCAGAAAUUUGGGACAAAAUUGGGAAAACCGAUGUUAAAAUAUAUAAGACAAAAUUCCAAUGCUCUCGUCAGUUCAAAUCGUAUGCAUCUGAACAACCGUUGCAAAUUUCAGCAAUUUUUGAAGCAUGGAUUUCAGUGAAUGAGACCAAACCGAAGGCAUACGCUGAAUUCUUCGUAGUGACUGGAGCAAACAAAUGUCUUCUCAGCAAACAAACUGCUGAAGAGCUCCGUGUGCUGAAAGUAGGACUCGAUGUACAACACGUUCAGACAUUUAAACCAUUUCCUAAAUUUCCCAACAUCGAAGUUAAGUUGACGAUUGACGAAAAGAUCCCACCCAAAAGAAUUUCAUACCUACGAGUUCCAAGCGCUAUGGAGCAAAAAGUGGAUGAAAAAAUACUCGAAAUGCUACGAUGUGAUAUUAUCGAGCCGGUGCAAGGUUCAUCUGAUUGGAUUUCCCCUAUGGUGGUCGUACCAAAAGGGAAAGACGAUGUACGGCUUUGCAUCAACAUGAGGUACCCCAACACUGCUAUCCAGAGAGAAUACUACCCCCUCCCAGUUAUUGACACUUUCUUAAAUAGAUUGAGAGGUUCGGUAUGCUUUUCAAAAUUAGAUAUUACAUCAGCCUUUCAUCAUAUCGAAUUGCAUCCCGACUCACGCGGCAUAACCACUUUUAUGACUGGGCGUGGACUUAUGCGCUUCAAAAGAUUAUUUUUCGGUAUAAAUUGUGCGCCCGAAAUUUUUCAGCGGGUAAUGACCCAGAUGCUGAAUGGCAUAGAUGGCGUCAUAGUUUAUAUAGACGAUAUUGUGGUGACAGGCCGCACCCGCCAAGAACAUGACACCCGACUGAGACAAGUUUUGAAAGUAAUUCGUCAGAACAAUGCUUUGCUGAACGAGAAGAAAUGUUCCUUUGGCGUAGACGAAAUUGAUAUACUAGGGUUCAAAGUCAACGCGAAGGGAAUUAGCCCGUCAGACGAGAAAAUAUCUGCUAUUAAAAACUUCAGGAAACCGGAAACAAAAGAGGAGACUAGAAGUUUUCUAGGGCUGGUCAAUUUUGUGGGCCACUUCAUUCCGAAGUUAUCUUCACGGUCCGAACCACUGCGGAAAUUUAUCCGUGGAGAGGUGGAGGUUUUCGGAAAAGAACAAUGCGAUGCCUUCGAUGAUCUCAGGAACGACUUGACAGUCAAAGUACUCAAACUUGGAUUUUUUGAUCCACUCGAUGCGACUGAGCUUUACGUAGAUGCGUCACCGAGUGGACUCGGCGCAGUCCUCGUCCAGCGUGAUAAGGAGAACUUCCCCAGAAUAAUAUGUUUUGCCUCAAAAGGAUUGACAACAUCCGAAAAGGUUUAUCCUCAGACACAGCGAGAGGCCCUGGCUGUAGUAUGGGCAGUAGAAAAAUUCUACCUUUACGUCUUUGGUAUGCAUUUUAUUUUGUACACCGACCACAAGACAUUAGAAUACAUAUACGGAGGAAAACAUCAAGAUGGUCGUCGUGCUUGUACCAGAGCAGAAUCAUGGGCUCUUCGUCUGCAACCUUAUACUUUUACUGUUAAACACAUUCCAGGUCACAUGAACAUAUCUGACAUUCUAUCGCGUUUAUGUCCAAAUCAGGAAGCUGCGUUUGAUGAAGCCUCAGAACAUUUUCUCUUCGCUGUAGGGGAAGGUCUAACGGCAAUAAACUUGGACGAGAUUAGGAAUGAGACAAGGAAAGAUGGUACACUAACCGAUGUUAUUGAAGCUAUGAAAACUGGUAAUUGGCCGGCAAAUUUAAUACGAUACGAGGCAUUCAAAAAAGAGCUGGGUAUCAUGGAGGGUAUUGUGAUUCGGGACGAACGUAUAAUUUUACCGCAGAGUUUGAGGAACAAAGCACUGGAUAUAGCACACCGAGGGCACCCUGGCGUUAUCGCAAUGCGAAAAAUUCUACGCGAAAAGGUUUGGUGGCCCUACAUGGAUAGGGAUGUCACCAACAAAGUGCAAGAAUGUGCAGGAUGUGCGGCAGUUAGCUCGCAAUUUCCUCCUGAACCUAUGACAAGGAAAGAGAUCCCGGAACGGCCAUGGCAGGAUAUAGCAAUCGACUUUUUUAGUGUCAAAGAGUGUGGUACUUUCUUAAUAAUAGUAGACUAUUUCAGCAGAUUUUUGAGGGUUAUAGAAAUGAAGCUUACCAGCGCAUCGCACACCAUCUCUGCGCUUCAAACCUUGUUUGAUGAACAUUUCUAUCCGGAAACAAUACGUUGUGACAAUGGGCCACCCUUUGCGAGUCAAGAAUUUGCUAGUUAUUGUGCGAAUAAAAAUAUACGAUUGGUUCAUUCUAUACCGUAUUGGCCGCAAAUGAACGGCCUUGUGGAACGGCAAAACCAAGGAUUGCUACGAGCUUUACGAAUCGCAAAGGCUACAAACAAAGAUUGGCGUGCGUCAUUGAAAGAAUAUGUUCAAAUGUAUAACAGCACUCCGCAUACCGUAACAGGAAAAGCCCCAAUAGAACUUAUGACCGGGCGACCUAUCAAAGACCUACUUCCGUCGAUUAGAACGGAUCCUUACUUAUAUCGGGAAGAAGCAGUACGCGAAAGAGAUGCAGUGGAGAAAUUAAAAGGUAAAAAAUACGCAGAUAGCCGCAGACAUGCCACACCAUCAGAUAUUAAAGUAAAUGAUACUGUUAUCGUACGGAGUUUCGAUAAUGGUAAACUCGAACCAAAGUUUAAAUUGGAGCGUUUUCGGGUCGACAGAAGAGCUGGAAGUGAUUGCAGGAUCACUAACGAUGAAGGAGUUUCGUAUCGUCGUUCGGUUACUCACUUGAGAAAGUUGCCAAGGGAAAAUGAAGGCAUUCUUACUUCCUCUCAAGGUUCCCCUGGAAAGGACGAGUCACGUGCAGAAACAACCGAGACCGGGAAAGAUCCUAGCAAGGGCACAAUGGAAGCAGAACAAUUUAGACGGAUGUCAUCAUCAGAAGGCGUUGCACCGAUGGCUACGGCAUCGGCCUCUUUUGGAGAUAUGCACCGAAAUUUAAGGAACACUUCGCCAAUCGAAAAACGUCCAGUACGACUACGGAAACCUAAAGUGCGGUAUAGUCCGUGAAGUGUUACUCUUAACCAUAUAAACAAAUUUAUUUAAUUAUAUUAGUGAGGGGGAAGGAUGUAGGAUAUGACUUCAACCCUGUUCAACAGUAUAGAGAGAGUUAUUAAG